CAUUUUGAAAUGCUGUGCCAAUGCCACGCCUCUUUUGCAAAUAAAAUGGCGUCCCUUGAGUCAGAAUGGAGGGAAGGAGAAUGGGAGAUUAUCGGGGAGGGAGGGACUAAAGGAGACAUUAAAGGAUUUCUGUCAGCCAUUAACGUGUGGAUAUACAGACCUCAUGUCAUUAAUAAGAGAGUCUCUUGUGCUGUAGUUAGUUCAUUAGCAGCUGCUCCUGGGGAGGAACAGAGGGUUAGAUUAGAAAGAGAAUUAGUAGCAAAAUCAAGUAACCAUGACAACGGAAAAGACAUUGUUUUAAUUGAUGAAAUUGGUCAUAUUGUUACAUUUAUUCCUUCGCCUGCACAUUUUUCUUAUAAAUUUCAAUACGUUCCUGAUGUGGGCGGAGUUAAUGUAAAACUGGGCGGAGACACAUGUGGAAAAAUUAUCCUAUUAGUCACAGCGAGUGGUACUGAUUGUGGUGUGGUCCAUCCUAAGAGGGUGUGGCUUCAAUCAGUUUUAUUACCAAAGAUCUGUCAGUGGGCGGAGUCUCCUUUGACCACACCUACCAGCAAUAAUGAGGUAAUAUCAAUGAAAAGGUACACGUCACUUUACAAAGAACUCAAGGAAAAAUACGGACCUCCUUUGAUUAAAGUUUGGCCUGAAACUACUGAUCCUUAUAAGUUUGUGUAUGAAGACAUCGCCAUAGCAACCUACUUACUGGUUCUAUGGGAGGAAGAGAGAGGGUCCGCAGGGUCUAGUAGAUUACAAUCGUUUGUUGAUCUUGGGUGUGGCAAUGGCGUGUUAGUCUAUAUACUGUCAGCUGAAGGGCACCAGGGCAAAGGUAUUGAUGUCAGAGCUAGAAGGAUAUGGGAGCUCCUCCAACCCACAGCAACACUCGAGGUAGCUGCUCUCAUUCCCUCGGGGAGUACUCGUUUCUCUGAAUUUGAUUGGUUGAUUGGUAACCAUAGCGAUGAGUUAACCCCCUGGAUUCCGGUAAUGGCCAGCAGAUCUUCAGCUACUACUAAGUUCUUUGUACUCCCGUGCUGUACCUUUGAUUUUGAUAAGAAGUACUCCCGGUCCAGCUGCCAUAAGAGUCAGUACAGGUGUUAUGUUGAUUAUAUAAAGGAGGUCAGUUUUGCAAUGGGUUUCAAUGUAAUGGAGGACACUAUGAGGAUACCCUCAAGCAAACGAAUAUGUGUGAUAGGUCAGAGCCGCCAUUAUUCUCCUAAGGAUGAGUCAUCAGUGGAGAGGAGGAGGCAGGAGUUUAUUCAGAGCAGGUGCACUAAACCAAGCCACACCCCUGACCCGCCCCUUAGCGAUGGUUGUCAUGACGAUAAGUGGUGUGAUACCUUCAAGCCACGCCCAUCAAUAGAGCCGAUUCGAAACUGCUCAACAAUUGAUCGCUCAAUACAAGAGGAUAUUGUUACCAUGGUAACAGACGCCAUUUUGAAACAGACUCCAGGAGAAUGUAUUAGACUAAGAGACGGGAGGGAAUGGAACAGAGGAGGUUCAUUAUCAGUAUCUGAAGCAGCUGCUACUGUUGGUCCCGUUAGGUUAUCAUUGUUAAAGAGAGAGUGUGGCGGAUUGAACACAUUACUUCGUAAUCACUGUCAGAUAUUUCACGUACAUAAAGGAUCGAUACAGCUCAGGGACUGGUCAAAAGGAGGCACUGAGCCCUUAGGUCCAGCUGCUAGUCGUAAGUCAAGACUAUGGAAGGAGUCCCAGUCUGAUAGGCUAUACAACACUAAACUGUGUUGGUUCCAUUCGUCCCACCCACAGGGCUGCCCCCUUAGAGAGGAUGAGUGCUCUUAUGCUCACGGGAAGGAGGAGCUAAAGGAGAGACCUCUAGGUUCCUACAGGCAUGAGUGUUUUGAAAAAUAAUAAUAACAAUAAUGAUAAUACACUUUUA